ACAACACCCGCUGCCCCCACAACACCCGCUGCCCCCACAACACCCGCUGCCCCCACAACACCCGCUGCCCCCACAACACCUGCUGCCCCCACAACACCCGCUGCCCCCACAACACCUGUUGUACAAGAGGAUGCCAUUGUAGCUCCCAUUUGAAUAUGGAGUUUCACGACGGACAGUUCAGCGACGCUGACGAAGACUCUGAAAGCUCACGUCAGCCAUGCCGAACGCUUCCUAAUAUGUUGAUCCCUGAGCUUGAAGAGAACUGGGAUAUGAGUGAUGGAGAAGCCUCACGAAUACAACAACAACAACAAGAGCAACAGCAGCAGCAACAGCAGCAGCAACAAGAAAACAUAAAAAAUAUAUCCCCAGUACACCAAGACUCAUUUGAGGAAAACGAUUAUGAGGAUUCUGAUUAUGAUUAUGAGGAGGAUGCAUACUGCAUUGAUGAAGACAGUAAAGAUCUGACAAAGCAGUAUCAUCAGACCAACCACACCAGCCCCAACCACUCCAUUACUCAGUCAAGUAAGAUUGAAAAGUUUCAGCCAUCAGAGAAAUUGUUCAAGAAAUAUGCAGGAAAAAUUUGCCUGGAGAAGUUUGAAGGAUUAACAGGUUUUGGUGGUAAUGUGACAAAUCGCUUAGUUGAGACACAGAAGAGAACCGAUAAUGAAAGGCAAAGGGUGCGUGACAAGUCAGAGAGAGCAACAGUGGAGCAGGUGUUGGACCCCCGAACUCGAAUGAUUCUUUUUAAAUUUCUCAACAAAGGCACCAUAACAGAGAUAAAUGGAUGUAUUUCUACUGGCAAAGAGGCCAAUGUUUAUCAUGCCUUGGGUAGUGAUGGUCAAGACUAUGCCGUCAAAAUCUACAAAACCUCCAUCCUCACCUUCAAGGACCGUGAUAGAUAUGUCUCCGGAGAUCACAGAUUUCGUCAUGGGUAUGGAAAGCACAAUCCCAGGAAGAUGGUACGGACGUGGGCAGAGAAAGAGACAAGUAAUUUAUUUCGUAUGUAUAACUGUGGCCUGCCUGUGCCACGCCCUGUGGUUCUGCGCUCUCAUGUGCUUGUUAUGGAGUUUUUGGGUACAAAUUCAAUGCCAUCACCGAGACUGAAGGAUGCAGAGAUUUCUGAAAAUAAAGCCCGAGAGCUGUACUACGACCUGGUGAUUCAGAUGUGGGUUAUGUACCGUCAGUGUCAUCUGGUUCAUGCUGAUCUCAGUGAAUUUAAUCUCCUCUACCAUCAGGGGCGACCAUUCAUCAUAGAUGUGUCUCAGUCCGUCACCCCAGACCAUCCACAUUCAUUAGAUUUCUUGCGAAAGGAUUGUACCAACAUCACAGAAUAUUUCCGUAAAAAGGGAGUACCUACCAUGACUGUCCACGAGUUAUUCAACUUCAUUGUGGAUCAAACGGUAACGUCCCAAAACCGUGACGAAUAUUUGGAGAAGAUGAAGACCUUGGCUUCUUCUCGACCAGUUGGGGAAAUGACUAAUCAGGAGCAAGUUGAUGAGGAAGUGUUUAAGAAUGUCUUCAUUCCUAAAACCCUGGAUCAGGUAAUUGACUUUGAGCGUGAUUUUGAGCAGCUGAAAAUGGGUGAGAAGACGGUUAAAGACAUUCCCUAUCAUAACGUGUUAGGGUUCAAGAAGGAUCUCACAGGACCAGAAGUGCCAGCUCAUCUCCUGCCAAAGGAUACAUCAGAUUCUGGCUCUGAUGCAUCUGAAGAGGAUGAAGAGUCUGAAGAUGAGGCAGACCUGGAGAAGGGUGAUCGCACGACAGCGGGACGACCCAGGGGAGAAUCUCCAUCCUCGAAAAAAGAACGAAAAAAAGCUGUUAGAGAUGCUCAAGCCGAGAAAAGAAAAACCAAGGUGAAAAAGCACAUAAAGAAAAAAGCAGAAAAGGAUAAGAGAAAGAAACACUGAUAGACUAUACUAUAAAUAAAGCAGGAGCCGUGACUGCUGAUUGAUGUUUGAGCAGGUGAAGAGAGGAAUAUAUAGUUUAGAGUGGCAAAUAUUACAAGAACUAAUUGUUGAAUAUGAAAAUGUGUCACAUAUAUUGAAGAUUUGAUAUAUGUGAAUAUUAAAUAAGAAUAAAGUUUGCAAAUGAUUGUUUGCUUAAGCGAAUGCUCAUCAUUUGAUUGGUUCAUUCUGUAAUAGUAAAUGGAGCCAAAAUUAAUUUCAGAUUCAAAAAAAAUAAUUCAUAAAAAAAAUUGAAAGUGUUCACCAGUUUUGUAUUUGUGUCAAAAUAAAAUAGAUGGAUGAUAGAA